AUGGACUGGAUCUCCAUCGAGAGCCACAUUGCGGCCAACCAAUUUCCCGUCGAGACACAUUGCGAUCCCACAGGCCAGAUUCCAAACACAACGACAACGCCAUACGGCUGUUUCGUCGACCGUCCGGACCUCUUCGACGCUCACCUCUUCAGCAAGUCUCCGAGAGAAGCAGCGGCGACAGACCCCAUGCACCGACUACUGCUCCUAACGACCUAUGAGGCGCUUCAAAUGGCAGGAUACUCCCCCGACCGCACACCGUCGACGCAGCGCCAUCGUACUGGGACGUCCGUGGGACAAAUCAGCGAUGACUGGCGUGAGGCCAACGCCAGCCAGAAGAUCGACGCCUUCUGGACCACCGGUGGCGUGCGUGCCUUUGGUCCCGGCAGGUAA